AUGAACGGAGUUGACAAGACGGAUUACUCGCGCUGGCGGAUGCUGGACGAGGAUGGAAAGCACACAUGGCAUUAUCUCGACGACGAUGAAGCGGCUCGGAAAUGGCCCCAAACACUCGCUGAUAAGUAUUAUUUAGGGCUUUCUCUGAAUCUCCCGGACCUUCCUACUGCUACUUCACCAUUAGAGAGUGCGAUUCAUGGCCUGAAAUUCUUCUCGAAGCUACAGCUUCCACCGGGGAAUUGGGGCUGCGAAUAUGGCGGGCCAAUGUUCUUGCUUCCCGGGGUGGUGACGGAGACACCCAUUCCGCCGGCCUAUGCGACAGAGAUCAAAAAUUACCUGAUUGCGCACGCGAGCCCGGUCGAUGGAGGAUGGGGUCUCCAUUCCGAAGGCGACAGCACUGUGUUUGGCACAUCCCUGAACUACACCGUGUUGCGGCUUCUUGGGGUGGACAGUGAGCACCCGGUCAUGGUGCAGGCGCGAGGUCUCCUCCACCGGCUCGGAGGCGCCCUGAAUGCGCCGCACUGGUCGAAGUUCUGGCUAGCAGUGCUAGGGGUGUGUGACUGGGAGAUUGUUAAUCCUGUUCCUCCAGAGGCAUGGCUGCUGCCAGACUGGGUACCAGUAGCCCCAUGGAGAUGGUGGGUGCAUAUCCGACAGGUCUUUCUCCCGAUGUCGUGGAUCUGGUCUAAAAGGUGGACGGCCGCGGAAACGGACGUUGUGAGGGCCCUGCGACGGGAGCUGUUUGUCCAGCCGUGGGAGAGCAUUGAGUGGGCGGCACACCGCAAUGACAUUGCCCCGACCGAUAAUUAUCAUCCCAAGUCGUGGGUGUUGAACUCGAUCAAUUGGGUCCUGUCGAAUAUCUGGACACCAUACCUUCGACCCAGAAGCCUGGCUACACGGGCGGAAGACUGGGUUAGUAAAUUGAUUGACAUGGAGGAUUCGAAUUCAGACUAUGCCGAUUUGGCAUCCGUUAAUGCACCUAUGAAUCUGAUUGUUUGCUAUAUCCGCGACGGGCCCGAUUCCUAUUCUGUGCGUCGUCACCGGGAACGCAUGGAAGAAUUCCUUUGGGUGAAUAAAGAGGGGAUGUUCGCUAAUGGGACGAAUGGUGUACAAUGCUGGGACACAGCGUUUCUGAUUCAGGCUGUGUGGUCGGCUGGUCUAGCUGAAGACGCGCAGUUCAAGCGUAUGCUGGUACAGGCACUCGAGUUCCUGGAUCGACAGCAGAUCCGCGAGAAUUGUCAAGAUCAGGGCGUUUGUUAUCGUCAUUUCCGUAAGGGGGCCUGGGCUUUCAGCAAUCGUGACCAGGGAUACGGGGUGAGCGACUGCAUUUCAGAGGCGCUGAAGGCUGUUAUUGUGCUUCAAAAAGAGACCAAUGGAUAUCCACAGCUGCUUGAUGACCAAAGGAUCUUUGAUGCCGUGGACACCUUGCUCACUUAUCAAAAUCCGUCGGGCGGUUGUGCGUCGUAUGAGCCAACCAGGGGAAGUGAAUGGCUAGAAAUGUUGAAUACGGCAGAGGUCUUUGGACGCAUUAUGGUUGAAUAUGAUUAUCCCGAGUGUACAAGCGCUGUGCUGACAGCUUUGGUAUUGUUCUCCAAGCACUGGCCUGACUAUCGGCGAGGAGAGGUACAGACGUUUAUCCAACGGGGAGCGGAUUACAUCAGGAGGGCGCAACGCCCUGAUGGCAGUUGGUAUGGAAGCUGGGGAGUAUGCUUUACAUAUGGCACGAUGUUUGCUUUGGAAUGCCUGGGAUCAGUUGGAGAGACUUAUGAGAAUAGUGAGCAUGUCCGCAGGGGGUGCCAGUUCCUGCUUUCGAAACAACGUGAGGAUGGCGGAUGGUCAGAGAGCUUUCAAAGCUGCGAACAAAUGACGUAUAUCGAGCAUUCUAUGGGAUCUCAAGUUGUUCAAACUGCAUUCGCUGUCAUCGCACUCCUCAGUGUUGACUACCCGGAUGUUGAGCCUAUCCACCGUGGAGUCCGCUUGAUUAUGUCUAGACAGCAGCGAAACGGGGAAUGGCUACAGGAGGGUAUCGAAGGCAUCUUCAACAAGAGCUGUGCUAUCACGUAUCCGAAUUACAAAUUCAUCUUCACGAUUCUUGCAUUAGGCAAGUUUGGGAGAAAAUACCCCCACCUCAUGUAG